AUGACUGAGGAAGAUAUUGCUGCUGGAGGUGUAAUGGACAUCAAUACUGCUAUACAAGAGGCGCUGAAGACUGCCCUCAUCCACGAUGGCCUAGCACGUGGAAUCUGCAAAGCUGCCAAAGCCUUAGACAAGUGCCAAGCCCAUCUUUGUGUGCUUGCAUCCAACUGUGAAGAGCCUAUGUGUGUCAAGUUGGUGGAGGCCUUUUGUGCUGAACACCAAAUCAACCUAAUUAAGGCUGAUGACAGCAAGAAACUAGGUGAAUGGGUCGGCCUCUCUAAAAAUGGCAGAGAGGGAAAGCCCCGUAAAGUGGUUGGUUGCAGUUGA